UAGAAUAAUUAUUCAGAGAGGGAGACUUCAAAGCGCAUUCACAGCUGUCAUAAGAUGAAAAUCACAUUAGCGUUAUUUGCUAUCUUGGCCUUUAUCGGCCUGGGCCAAUCUCAUCAGUUCCCAGAUUUCGGGUAUGGUCCUCUUCAUGAAGAUUUCCAGGAUUUUCUAGAUUUAGUCCCUGUGAAAAAAAUUGUUCAAGUGGCUGCGUAUUACGCGAAGCAUGAUUCUGAAGUACAAGCUGCUAUUAAUUUCCUUACAACCACACCUACACUCAAAAAUCUAGUUAUAGAUUUCGAGUCUAUUCCCGAAGUGACUGAAUUUAUUAAUGGUCUAUACGGGCAAAACAUCGAUAUCUACAAUAUAUUAAAUCAGAUUAAUAGAGCUCUCGAGAUCAACGAACUAAUACCACCUUGGGUUCCAUCUCCUAUACCUGGUGAACCUACACCUACACCUAAUGAACCUACAUCUACAUCUAGUAAACCUACACCUACACCUACACCUAAUGAACCUACACCUACAUCUAAUGAACCUACACCUACACCUAGUAAACCUACACCUACACCUAGUGAACCUACAGAUACACCUAGUAAACCUACAGCUACACCUAGUGAAUCUACAGCUACAUCUAUUGAACCUACAUUUACACCUAGUAAACCUACAGCUACACCUAGUGAAUCUACACCUACAUCUAGUAAACCUACAGCUACACCUAGUGAAUCUACAGCUACACCUAGUAAACCUACAGCUACACCUAGUGAAUCUACACCUACAUCUAGUAAACCUACACCUACACCUACACCUACGGAAACUUCUUCACCUACAUCUACACCAACAACUUCACCCGUACCUACAUCUCCAUCGACGGCUAGACCCACAUCUUCACCCGCACCUACAUCUGGAUCGACGGCUGGACCCACAUCUUCACUUGUACCUACGCCUACAUCUGAAUAUAAACAUUUCUUCUAUAAACAUAAUGGAAUCAAGCAAAAAACCGGUGGACUCGCAGGAUUGUUUAGAGAUGUUAAGAGGCUCUUCAAUUAUGAUGCUUUUAUUAGCGUAUAUGUGGACAAGUUGAAAAACUCUACACCUUUCGUUGACCUUGUUAACGAAAUCAAGUCUGAGAACUUCCAAGUACUCGUUAACAAGAUUUUUGAAAGUCAAUCCGUGCAAAUUAUUCAAAAUGGCCUCAAGGACAAGGUGAAUCUGAAAAUUGUAGGAGAUAUCUUCUAUCUUUUAUUCGGCAUUACUUUCCCGGACCAUGUUAAAUCAUUAGAGGAACAUUUUGUUGAUUUUUUCUACCUCCUUCCAGCGCAAGAAAUGGUUGACAUAGUGGUCAAGUAUUUAAACGAAGAUAAAGAAGUACAGAACGCUGUCCAAUUCGUGACAACAUCCGAAUUUCAUGAUCUGCUACGUGCUACCGAAGCUCUUAAGGAGCAUCAGGAAUUUGUGCUAUAUCUUCAAAACCAUGGACUCAAUAUUAUUGAACAAAUCAAGGAAUUGCACAAAGCCAUCGGUAUGGAAGAUUAUGUACCCCCUAAAAUAGAAAACUUCCUUAAAGCUCAAAUUAAAACACAAGAAGUCGGCGGUGGAGUGAAAGCAUUGCUCGACGAUCUUUAUUCUUUGCUACCUUUCGAAAAGAUCGAUGCUCUUUAUGAAGAAAAAAUAUCAAAAUCCAAAAUCUUUAAAGAUUUUUAUGACGCCAUUACAUCCGAAGAGUUCGUAAACCUUGCCAAUAAUCUAGCUGCUCAAGAGCCUGUUAAACAACUUGUUGCAAAAAGCAAUGAAAAAGGAUUAGAUUUAGCGGGAUUCCAGCGAUUUGGUAGCAGAAUUAUUGGCUUUAAAUAAAAAAUUAUGUAACAUUUUGAAUAUCAAAUAUAUUUAUCAUUCGCAAUUUAUGCAAUUAUACACUCUAAUGUAAUAAGAUAAGUAAUGUAAUAAGAUAGAAACUCUUAGAUUCAAUUAUAUAUUGCCUGUGUGUAAUAAAAAAUAAAUUUAUUUUGCG